AUGUCGCAAAGAAGAAGAUUUAAUAAAUUUUCAAAUCGCCGUGAUGGGAAACCCCCACGUGAAAAAAAGAAGAGCCACAACAACGUCCAAUCGAGGAAGAACCAGUUUCCACUGUUCCCAAACCCCGACGCAGAACAGGACUCGCAGCAUCACGCCCAAAGCAGCCUCCACAGAGAAAAAACCAAAGAGCAAAGCACAAAGGAGAGUAAGGUGACUUACAAGGGGUGCAAAAUGGAACACAUGAUUGGUUUCAGUUCGAGAAAUAGGGUAUAUUUAGAUGGCCUUAAUUAUAUGUAUUUUAAGGACAGGACAAUUAAUUUAAAUAGUUAUUUUAAAUGUGCGGAAUACAGGUCUACAUUCUGCCCUGCACGUGUAAUAAAAAGAGGGAAUAUUUUAGUUCAACGUCAGGAACAUAACCACGAAGUCCCUUUGGAAAUAAUCGAAGAACUAAGAUUCCGGAACUAUUUGAGGGAUCGAGCUUUCAACGCUGAGAGCCUAAGUUCCGCCGAAAUUUUUAGAGAAGCUGAAAUAAGGUUUCCCUUGGUGGCAGCCAGAUCGGGCUCUCUACAAAAUUUCAGAAAUCUUAUCUAUAGAUCCCGAGCAUUGGCCAUUCCGCGGAUACCCCACACGACGGAACAGUUCGCAGAAUUGUUGGAAGAUCCUAGAUUUGCAGAUGAAUUGGGCCUGGAAGGCAGAAGAUUUUUUAGGAAAUUAAUCCCGUCCAAUGAUAAUGGAGGAAAUACGUUACUAUUUAUUUCUCCAACCAUUGAACAACUUGUAACAAGUGCUCCUGAGCGCAGUGGGUCGCUGCAUGUGGAUGGAACCUUUAAAGUCACCCCUAGGGUUGGUAGAGUGUACCAACUUCUCACUAUUUUCAUUUUUAAACAUUCAACUGAUUUUCCAUUCGCGUUUGCACUAAUGGAGAGAAAAAACACCUCAUCAUAUGUAGCCCUGUUCAGACAAAUAGUAAAUUUGAUUCCGAACAUAAAUCCAGUAAAUUGUUUAACUGACUAUGAGGAGGGGUUAAGGAGAGCCAUAGCCGAAGUGUGGCCCAAUUGCAGACUCAAGGGGUGUUGGUUCCAUUACUGCCAGGCAGUAUUUAGAAAAUCCAGGACAUUAGGCCUUCAAUACCCUGCAAAUGAUGAAAAAAGGGCCCUAGUGAAGAUGGCAAUGGCUCUUCCUCUGCUGCCUGCAGCCCGCUUGCAGGACGGCGUUUGGGUGUUGCAAAAUUUAAAUGUGCCUGGGUCUGUAGAGUUUAUGAACUAUAUCAGAAUAUAUUGGCUUCCCAGGGACGUUUCCAUUUGGAGGGAGGACAGAAGGACCAACAAUUUGGUGGAAAGUUUUCACCGCGAUCUGUUCCGUAUAAUGGGAAGACAACACCCAAAUUGUUGGCAUUUUAUAAAUUAUCUCCGGAAGGCGGAAAAUAGCAAGGCUAUUCAAAGAAGGCGGUAUGUCCGUCAAGACCAACGAAUAGCCAGGGCCCAGGAUAUGCUGGAGGAAGGGGGAAACCUUCUAUCCUUCUUAAGGUAUGCAGCGCAUGGAGUUGAUAGCCUGGAAAGAUUUCUUCGGCCUUUCAGUUUACCAGAAAUUAAUCCUGAGGACGGCUUUCCCGGUUUGUUAGAUGAGGUUGUCGUUCUUGAACUUGACGCUGCACCUGCCCAUCGUCAAGAAAACAUUAUAGAAUAUGUAUUGCUAGAUGACAACACUACAGAUGAAGACGAUGAGGAUAUUUUUGAGGUUGUGGGUAACCCUAUAAUUCGACAGGAAGCCGCUGUUGUAAGGGAAUGUUCGUUUACCACCAUUAUGCCUGUGCCAAGUGAACCAGAACUAACUGAAGACCAGUGGGACAGUAUAGAUUUGGUGCUGAUAGAAUUUACAAAUUGGUUAGAGUUUUACCCAAGACAAGCUGAAGAAGAUUGGAAUAGCAUUUUGAAUUGUUGGAACUUUAAGUAUUGUGCUCCGUUUUGUGAACAUUUUCGUGAUUUUCAAGAUCAGUGCCAUUUUUAUUAUCGAUUUUUAAAAAUUGUAGACUCAUUUUAUUCUGGUAAUCUUGAAGAGUGGCAAGCACAAAUACUUUUUACACGUUUAAUACCGCGAGAAUUAUUUGGAGAUGACUACCCAAGAGCUAUUGUGCGAGGACUUGGAGGAGGCCAGUCAAAUUCUACAGUUGAUGGAAUUACAUUGGAACGAAGAAACGAGCAUGCUUUGUCUUCAUGUUCUUCUUCGGUGUCUAGUAAACACAGCAAUAGAAACGAAAGAUUUGACAGCCAAAAAAAUGUGGGUGACUAUUUCAACGACAGUGAAGAAAGUGAUGAAAAUAAUGAAAAAGCAACAAAUCCCGCUAGAUUCUCCAAUUACGUUCGAAAAAUUCAUCGAAUUAUUAAAAAGCGAAGAAUUAUUCAUGAAAUUAUUUACUUAAAAGCAAAGAAAUCUGCAAUAGACAUGUUAGAGAAUGCAUUAAAACAAGAUCAAUGGCUAACAUCGAAUUGCUCUUCUGGCAUAGAGACCACCUCCACUGCAUUCACGACUGCUCCUACUGCGACUCAAAGUGCAAAUGUCGGCUACCAGCAAUUACGAAGUGACAGGAGAUUCAAUAGAAAAACUUUUUGGAAUUUCAGACUUGGAAUCGAAAAGUCCAUCUGGGUACGAAGUAGUGAAAUUGGAGGUUUAUCCAAGUGCAGAAAUUAUGGAUUUGCCGAAACAGGAAUGGUGGAGAUACGCGAAGACGAGGGCAAUUUUCCCGAUCCCUUCAAAUGUGGACCCAAUGAAAAUGAUGGUGGACAAACUAGUAAUAGCAGCGGGCAAAACAUUGAAGGACAAUCCAACGUCAAAAGUGGAUCGAAAGAAAACAAACUCAUCGCGUGGUUACGGGAACAACCGACAAGCCCCAUACUAAACAUUUUGACAACAACUCAAUUUUACAAUAGUAAAUUCGUAUUUUGGAAUAUGAAAUUAUACAAAAAUAAUAAAUGUUUCGAAAUUUUUGCUAAAUCGUUUGCAGAUAUGUCAACUAGAGAAAUAUUUAAUUAUGCUAGUAAAUGUAAACCUCUAUAUCAUGCUAAUAAUGGUCCGCCAAACUCUGGUAAAAAUUAUUUCAUGGAUGCUGUUAUUCAUUUUUAUUUUAAUUUUGGUCAAGUGCAUAAUUUUAAUAAAUACGAUCAAUUUCCAUUAAUGGAAUGUUGGAAUCGUAGGAUUAAUUAUUGGAAUGAACCUAGUUGUGAACCAGCUUCUUUUGAAACUUUAAAAAUGUUGUUUGGAGGUGAUCCAUGCCCUGCAAAAAUAAAAUAUGAAUCUGAUAAAGUUAUCAUGUUUAGAGAAACUGUGGACCUGACGCAGCCGGAAUUGGAGCCAGAGUUGCCGUUGCCGGGUAUUUUACCGAAAAUUCGGAGAAACUAUGGACCUGACAGCGCAAUCCCCACAACCACCAGAACUGCCGCCCCUGCAAUUGCUGACGCAACCACAACUGCCGCCAGCUCCCUGCCUCCACCGCAGCUGAGGGGCGGGGCUUUUUGUCGUCCUAUACGUUUGCCGUCCGCAGCUGAGCAGCCGCAGCUGCAGCUGAUGCAGAACAUACAUAGUAUAACUACUGGCGUAAUCCUCGCUUUGCUAUAG